AUGAUUUGGUUAAAAUAUAAAAAAUCCAUUGUAUUUAUUCCACUACUGGGUGUCUUCCUUUAUUUUUUUAUUUAUUAUCCACUUUUAUCUAUUUGUCUUUCAUUAAUCUCCAUUGGUGUCAUUUAUGGUAUUAUCUUGACUAUUCAUCAAUCGAAGCCAUAUACAAUUGUUCAUGGUCGAAAAAUUAAAACACGCAAUAGCAGUUUAGUCAAAUGGAUCAUCGAACAGAUUCAGAUAUCUUCGAAAGAAAAUAUCCAAGAAAGUUUCGUUGUCACGCAUGAAUCGAAUAUUGAUUUAGAUACAAUUAUUAAUCAGAUAUGCGAUUUAGUUUUACAAGAUCUUGUUUUGCCUUGGUAUCAACAUGUUUCCUACGAACAAAUUACAUUCAGUCAAACAUUGAAACAAGAGAUUCAUUUGAUUGUAUCAAAUCUGAAAACACGUUGUGCGUCCAUCGACUGGGUGAAAGUCAUUUCAAAUGAUAUUGUUGUGCAAUUUGCUGAUCAUUAUCAGCAAGUUCGUCGUUCCACUUUACAUCGUGAAGAAUAUCCAUUUCGCUUGCAUUCAUACUUAGCAACUGAUGAAUGUGAAAAUGAAUAUCUACGUUCAAUGAGUGAAACACUCUUACUUCUUCUUCUUCCGCCCAGCUAUUCAUCGACAUUGGCUAUACGGCAUUUAUUACGCGAAAUUCUCGUGUUUAGAGUUUUGAAACCGACAAUUAAUCUUAUCUGUGAACCUGACUAUUUUAAUGAGAACAUUCUGUUGAAAAUCGAACAAUUAAAUAUCAAUCAUGAACAAAAAUUACGAAAGUUCACUCUGGCAUCGAAUUAUGAAAAUUUCAUCAAACUAAUUGAAACUAGUAAUGAUCUGGAUAAGUUGGAGCAGUUUUGGAAUUAUAUUGUCACAGAGAUCAUGCAAGCUACAGCUAUACGAAACUUAUUGAAAGAAGGAGUGAUUUCUAAUGACAAUCAUCAAGCUCGACUCGGCACUAAAGGCGAAUUAUUGAUGAGUCGCGACUUGACGAAAUAUCUCAAUCAAUUACGACGAGCUAAAGUCGUUUGCGAAAGGCAUAUCACAGCAAAUGGUGGUCGAAGUUACCUGCUUGUUGAUGCGAGUACAAAUAAACUCAAUCUAGCUAACCGAAAAAUACUUUCAUUGAAUAUGAUAUUGAGUUGUAUUACGGGUCGCCAUUAUUUACAUCAAUUCUUAGAAACAUUCGGCACGCAUGCUCUAGUCAAAUUUUGGUAUGAUAUUUGGAAAUUACAUUCUGCUGCAUCGAACGAACGACAUCGUGUAGCAACGAAUAUUUACAAAACAUAUAUAACACGGUUUGGUAGCGCAGUACGAGAUGAAAUCGAUAAUGCUACCGUGGUUCGAAUGAAAUCAUUUCUUGUCGGAGAGCAAUCUGAACCAGAUGCGUUCUUUCAUGCUCAAUCAGUUGUGUAUCGAGUGUUACAACGAGAUUACUACGCAUCGUUCCUCGUUUCGAAGCAAUAUGAUGCCUUGUGUCGAACAUUCAAUCCGUCGAAUUUACAAGAUUUUGAUUUGAAAGAGCAAUUACUCGGCUGGUCAACGCCCAUAACAGCUGACGAAAAUUAUGAUGAAUCCAAUGAAAGUCGUGCAUCAUCACAGCAAGCAGAUGCACUCAAUGAAGAACCAUCACAGAGCGUACCAAAACGCCUAGCUGAUUUACGAAACCAACUAGAAAACAAGCAAUAUGCACUAACAGCUGCAAAAGAAGGUGCGACAUUCGAUGCUACCAUUUUAGCAUCCGUCGAACGCGAUUGUGCUGAUUUGAAUCAAGAAAUCAGUACGUUAGAAUGUCUAUUAGAAAACGUUGACCUAUGGUGGUCAUUUUUGGGUCAAUGGCAAGCGCAAGUUCUAUCCGAUGUGAUCGGGAAUGGUCGAUCCUGCCUAGCGGUAUUAAUUCGUAGUCCGAACAGCGAACAAGAUCAAGUUGGCUGGGUGAUUACACGAAGUAUUCAUGCUUGGCAACAUUUCUAUUUUCGACUAAAAGAAUUACAAUCGUCUUUACCAACCAUCGAUUAUUUUCGUACCCGUCAUCGUCAAUUUUCGCAGUUACUCUAUGAUAAAGCUUUGUGUCAACAAAUAUCUGAACAAUUAGAAACAUUUUUACAAGCGAUAUUACUCGACGAACAUAUAUCCUCAUUUGAACUUGUUUAUCAAUUUUUAAAUCCAUCCAUUGUUGAUAAUGACAGACAGUCUUCCAAUUUAAUACCAGCUAAAAAGAAACAUUCAAAUUCCAGUAAACAUAUCUUUGACAAAUUUCGUUCAGACAAAGCUUCUAGUGAACUACUGGAAAUGGACAGUGUACGCUUUCUCGAAGGACGCGCUGACUCGAUUGCCAAACCAUUCUAUGCUUUUAUUGAUAUUCUAUUCGAUGAACAAGGUGGUUUGCUUAAACUAAUUCGUAUGACAUUAGUACAAUUCAUCCGCGUUACAUAUGGUAGUACAAUUAAUCGACAAGUUCGUCGAUUUAUUGUUAGUUUAUUCCAAGAAGAAUCCGUUGUCAAAUGUCUGAUUAUGUUUCGAGACUCAUUUUGGCCUGCGACACCUUCAGCAGAAAGGCAGACACGUACCGAUGAGGAGAAACUUGAACGAAGACAACAAGCUAAACGACAACUGCUAACAAAUAUUCCAGAAACAAUUUCAUUGAUAUUCGGUUCGGAUAAUGCCCGACUUGGCGCUGAACGUUUGUUUGAACUUUUUCAAGAUGUACAGUUGAACAAACAUCUAUGUCAUAAACUGAUGGUUUUGAUUAUGAGCGAAAUCUUCCCGGAAUUACAGAUUAAAUUGUAA